AUCAAUGGUUGAUAAUGACAACCAAACUUAUUAUUUAACAUAUCUUAUGAUAAUAAUUUUAAAUAAACAAAUAAAGUCUUUUAUUGACUUGUUCAUAUGCUGUAUAUUAAUAAGUUUUUUAUAUCUCUUAAAAGCCAUAUCCAGUCUUUCAUUCAUAAUUACUACAUAGAUUAUAAUCAUUAUCAUUAUCAUGAGUAGAAAAACAACAACAUCAUCAUCGGCUAAGCUGGACGACCAACAAAUAUCUGAUCUACGAGAAGUAUUUCGAUCAUUCGACAGCAACAAAGACGGUAGCUUAACUCAGGUUGAAAUGGGCUCAAUGCUAAAAUCAUUGGGCCUAAAGCCCAGCCCAGAUCAAGUUGAGGCCCUAAUUAACCAGGCCGAUACAAACCACAACGGCCUAGUUGAAUUCUCGGAGUUCGUGGCCAUGGUUGAACCUGAGCUCCUCCACUCCUCUCGCUCUCCCUACAACCAAGAACAGCUUAGAAUGAUGUUCGAGAUGUUCGAUACCGACGGCAAUGGCUACAUCACGGCGGCUGAGCUGGCUCAUUCCAUGGCUAAGCUCGGCCACGCUCUGACGGUGGAUGAACUCGCUGGAAUGAUGAACGAGGCCGAUAGAGACGGCGAUGGUCGCAUUGAUUUUGAAGAGUUCGUUACUGCCAUCACCGCUGCGGCUUUCGAUAAUUCAUGGGCAUAACUUAAUCAUAUUAUUGUACUGGUAAUUAAAGAUUAUAUAUCAUUAUCAUUCAUGAUUUGCUAUUUAACUGUAUUGUAUUAUGUAUAUUAGUUGGUAUUGGUGAUGAGAUGAGAGUAAUAUAUUUAAUAUAUAUUUUACAU